GAAAAUCGAAUCACGCAGAGAAGGCCAAGGAAGAGAGAGAGGCCAAGCGAGAGACAGGGGGGAAAUCGAAGAACGGUGAAGGAAGGCGGAGGAGGAACCGAACAAUGUCGUGGCAAACAUACGUGGACGAGCACCUGAUGUGCGACAUCGACGGCCACCGCCUCCAGGCCGCUGCUAUCAUCGGCCAGGACGGCAGCAUCUGGGCGCAGAGCUCCACCUUCCCUUCGUUUAAACCCGAGGAGAUUAGCGCCAUCAUGAAAGAUUUCGAUGAGCCGGGGUCACUUGCCCCGACUGGUUUAUACCUCGGGGGCACCAAGUACAUGGUUAUCCAAGGAGAGCCUGGAGCUGUCAUUCGUGGAAAGAAGGGUUCCGGUGGCAUUACUGUGAAGAAGACCACCCAAGCCCUGAUCUUUGGAAUAUAUGAGGAGCCCUUGACCCCAGGACAGUGCAACAUGAUCGUCGAGAGGCUUGGUGAUUACCUUAUGGAUCAAGGCCUAUAAAUGAGGUCUCUCAACCGAAAGCUUAUUCUCAUCGUGUUCGACCUAAACAAGAAAUAAGCUUCAAUAUAGUAUUCUUUUUGAAAUUUCUACUCGACUUUCUGGGCUUUUUCUGCUUCUCUUCCUCUCUGCAGUAUUGUGAGAGUGCAGAGUGGAGCUGCAGAACAAUAACUGAUGUGAGGACUGUGACCGUCUGCUUCCGGUAGUUGUUUGCGUCUCUCUUUCAAUUUUGUUUCCAUGAAAUCUAUCCCUUUCUCCGAACAUAAGAAGUUUGUACCGUCAUUUACUCGAAGUAUAUGUUGUCAUUAUCUUGGCUUAUGUAUUCGUUAUUCCCGGCUAUGGUCCUUUGAUGAUUAAAAGUAUCUUUGUUUCUCUGCU